GUACAACUGCCGGCACCGUUUCUGAGACGUAUCUGCGCAUCCGUUUAUUAGAAUGACCGAGGCAACAGACCAAAUGCCCAACUACGAGGAGCAAUUUAAACACAGAUUUUCGUCGGAAGAUGAAGCAUAUCAGGAAUAUGUCCGUCGGCCAGAUGACCCUCCACCUAUUGUGGACAAUUGGAGGGGUAGUGGAAGUGGAAAUGCAAGAGGCAGGGGCAACAGGUUUCAGGACCAUCAUGGGAACAGAGGCUGUGACUGGCAAAGGAAUACAGAAAGGGGUAGGGGCGGGGAGUAUCCUGAGUACCAACAGCGGCGAGACAGAAAAAGGCAUUGGGAGCAAAGUAGUGGGUAUCAAUCAGGCCCUCAGGGUUACAACCAGGGAUACAAUGCCUACAACAAGAGGUUUCGCCAUGACAACUACCACUACUAAGCCCCUCGAAAUAACAUUCAGAGUAUUGCAUAGUCACAAAACUUGUGAUCUUCCAUCUUUUUUCUUGUUAUUUCUCUCUCAUAGCUAGAAUCUCGCAUGUGUGUGUCUCUCUCUCUCUCUCUCUCUCUCUCUCUCUCUCUACCUACCUAAAUUUCAUUUUGAACCUAUGAAAAUGACAGUGUGACUCCUGUACGUCAUGCAGCGUAUUCAGUGCAGCAGAGAAUUCGCGAGGCAGACAGCCGUGGUAGUGCUACUUUUUUUUUUUUUACUAAUUAAUAUUAAUUUUCACAGUUUUUUUUUGUUUUUAUAAUUCGGUUAUAUAUUCGAAUUUGGAAUAUUCAUUAACAGCCCUAAUACAAGGUGAGCACAUCAGAGUUUAAAUGUUUACCAGUUUCUGCAGCUAAUAUAAUAAUAAUUAUAACUUGAUUGCAUUUAUUACAAAUUUAGCCACGUUCCAGUAAUUUCAGUUUCACUUUUUUUCCACUGGCUACCAAGAACAUUUGUCAAUCAAAAGGUUGUUAAAACCAACUUUUUUUUUUGAGGACGGUAAAAAACUCAGCAUGUUUCUUUGUAGAGCUGUUGUAAAAGUUGUUGUAGUAAUUGUUUAAAAAAAUGACUAGGUGCUCCAUUUUGCUGUAAAGUAUGUAGCUGCUGUACAGGCUUUGAAAUGCUCAUAUUUGCAAUCACUAAUUUAUACUUGGUUGCAAAUUUUGCAUUGCUGUAUUUGUUUCUCAGCUUUUGAAAUGUUCAGCAGGUCUGGAUAUUUUUGUCAUCAAUAAAUAUGAAUAGUCAUUGAAAUUGAACUUUGAGGAUGAAAUGUAAGUCUGUAAUGAAGCUAUGGUAUUUUCCUAUGUCGCAAAGUCAUACAUGGAUGUUUUUGUGCUAAACCCCUCAAUAAAAAAAAAUAUAUAUAUA